CCCUUCAUAUAAGACUAGAAGGAAAAUGGCGCCCUGCUGAAAUUUUGAUUCGGGGAUCGAAGGUUGUUGGGAUUCUCAGACUGAGACACUUACUCGGAUAAGGAGAGCUGUCAAAGGAAGUUUUAAUAUUAACUGCUGUUUGAGGCAUGGUCUUGCCAAUGAGUGUGAAGAAAUUUGCCGUAGUCUGGUUAUGGCUGGUGGUAGUUUUCUUAGCCAGUGGCAUUAUCAUCAAUUUCGUUCAGCUCCUCUUGUUGCCGCUUUGGAUCAUAAACAAAGACUUGUUCAGAUGGCUUAAUUUGAAUGUGGUUUACCUGCACUGGUGCCAGUUGACUUUCCUUGCAGAAUGGUGGUCAGGUAUGGAUAUCAAGCUCUAUGGAAAAAAGGAGGACUUUGAUAAAAUAGGAAAAGAGAGUGCUAUCUGUCUGGCGAAUCACCGUAGUGAUGUUGAUUGGCUAAUUGGAUAUACACUUGCUGAUCGGGCAGGAGUGUUGGCGACAUGCAAGUGUUACAUGAAGGGGUACUUGAAGUUUUUGCCAAUAAUUGGCUUCUCUUGGUGGUGCACUGAAUUUGCCUUCUUGCAUCGAGACUGGCAGAAAGAUCAGAAAGUUCUGGAAAGGAGUUUAAGCACACUUAAAGAUUUCCCAUUUCCAUUCUGGAUGGCCAUUUUUGCAGAAGGAACAAGACUUACAGAGGCCAAAAAACAGGCCAGUGUAGAAUAUGCUAGAGCACAUGGCUUACCUGAGUUGAAACACCAUCUACUGCCAAGAUCCAAGGGUUUCUCUAUGACUGUUCAAUAUUUUAAAGACAAAGUACCUGCAGUGUAUGACAUGGAAGUUGCUUUUCCAAAAGACAAGGAACCAAACCUCCGUCGGAUGCUCAUGGGUGAGGGGAGUGAGGUUCAUCUUUGGCUAAGGCGAACUCCACUUCAAGAUAUUCCUUCUGACAGUAUCGAGGAUACAUCCCAAUGGUGCAGGGAGGCUUUCCAGGAAAAGGAUAAGGCAAUGAGCUACUUUUUCGAACAUGGUAGAUUUCCAGAAGACAUAUAUGAAUAUCCGAGGAAAUCCAGGAAUCUCUUGGUUGUUUUAUGCUGGAAUACUAUAUUGAGCUUACCACUAGUUUGGUAUUUCAUUUCUGUCAUACUUUCUGGCUCCAUUGCAUCACUUUUAACUGCUGCUGCUAUUGUUCUAGUAGGUUACAUCAUGAUCAAAGUGCUGCUUCACUUCAGUGACUCCAAGAAAGGAAGUAGUUUUGGAUUGAAACCCUCAAAUGGGCUCGCCAAUGGCGGCGCAACCAAAAAACAAACCUAGAUCACACUUGGACUGUAUAAAGAUAUUUAACAUCUAAAUGAACAGCAGAGAAAUUAUCAAAAGUAGGACUAUUUUUGAAUCUUUGCAAUAGUUAGUUACAUUUUAGCCUCCAAAAUAUUGAUUUUCUCUUAUGUUUUGGUGCGGGUUUUACGAGUGUGUUUGAUAUUGUAUCUACAUUCUGAAUUCAACAAGGAUUUUCAAAUUGCCCAGAGAAGAGAAGAAAACUUCACUUCGCAACGGCAUUUUAGUAGCGUAACUGUGUAAGUGCAGGACAUACUCGAAAUUUUUAAUUUGACGUCUUUAUGUUUAAUUGGUGGAAAAUGACGUCACUCGUAAUUAUAAUUUCGUUACAUCAUUUUUAAUUUUGAAGUCAUUUGUAAGUAUAAAUUUCCGAGAUAAACAAUACGACAACUCAAGAUUAAAGCACGAAGACGAAAACUACAAGUACCGUAUAGUUCAUCACUUUGUCUUCACAUUUGACACACAGUCGAACCUCUCCACAACGGCCAUCUUGGGGACGGGGAAAAAUGCUGUUGCAGAGAGGUGGCCUUUAUGGGGAGUUAGGGGUGAAAUAUGACAAAUUUUUUGUUGUUUUUUUCGGGAGUGCAAUAUUUUUGUUUUUCAAAAAAAUGUUUAUUGUUGCAUAUAAAUACGUAACACUGAUUACUACGUAGAAAGCUUAAUUUAACGGGACAACGGCAUGAUAGAGUGCAAAGUGAAAGCCAAGAAUUGCAGGUCUCGUCAGCACGGUGUAGCAGCAAAACGUAAAGCAACCGGCUGGUUGACCGAUCAUCCACUCAACGCACAUAAUGGUAAUGACCUCAGAUGAAACUCAAAUGCGGACUGCGGAUUGGCCAAUGUCACCCAUUUAGUAGACUAUCGGUCAACCAGCCGGUUGCUUUACGUUUUGCUGCUACACCGUGCUGACGAGACCCAAGAAGGUCGAAACAGCUGUCCACGGUUGCAAUUCUUGGCUUUCAUUUUGGAUUCUAUCAUGUUGUCCCGUUAAGCUUUCUACGUAGUAAUCAGCCUUGCUUCAUUGUUAUGUUUCUACUCUUGGCUGAUCAGAUCAUAUACAGAUCCUACGUAUGCCGGCAGCUUUUUCGUUUGCGGUCCCUUGCAUCAUUGUAUUUAAUACAACAGGAACAGAGACCAAUGGCACGCGGUAAGGAUCAAGUUUCGUGGCCUUCUACAAAAAAAAAAAAUUAGGGUUUUGAAUUCACCGUUUGUCAGUCGUUGAUUAAGUUGAUACGCGCUUUAGUGUCCGUUGCCGUUGUGGAGAGGUGGCCGCUGUAGAGAGGUUAAAAUAAGAUUGUAUGUAUGGACCGACUGUAUUCUUAGUAAUAAGAUACGGAUCCUUUAAACUCAUAUUUGGUACGUGAAGUUUCUCGCGAGCUAUAAUGGGAUAAUAGGUUUUGAAUUGAGCGCUCAAUGCAGCGCUGAGUAUCCGGGUUGAAUCAAUUGCGAGUAAUUUCGCCUUUUCAAUUUCCUUACUCUAAAAUUUACUUGUCAUAAACGAAUAAAUAAAGAAAUAAAUAAAUAAAUAGCACCUCUGAA